GUGGAAAGCCGCGAAAAUCGGGCAGUCAGAGGCCUCGACGCGUAUUGUUGCCAUCUCAAUCUUUUGCCAUCACACACAACAACACUCUACAGUAUCAAGAUGAGCUCUGUUCCCAAGGGAGACUACGACGGCAUCCGCGCCGAGGUCAAGAAGAUCCUCAAGCGCCCUGGCUACGACGACGGCUCGAUCGGCCCCGUGCUCGUUCGUCUUGCCUGGCACGCAAGCGGUACCUACUCUGCCAAGGAGAAAAACGGCGGAUCUAACGGUGCCGGUAUGCGUUUCGCUCCAGAGUCGUCGGACGGCGCCAACGCUGGCCUCGAGUUUGCUCGCGAGUUCAUCGACCCCAUCCACGCUGCCAACCCUUGGAUCUCGUACGCCGACCUCUGGACCCUCGCUGGCGCUACGGCCGUCGAGGCCAUGGGCGGCCCCAAGAUCCCCUGGAAGCCCGGACGCACCGACUUUGCCAGCGAGGUCGCUGCCACCGAGUACCGCGGCAACAUUGACAACCGUCUGCCCGACGCUGCUCUCGGCGCCCAGCACAUCCGCGACGUCUUCUACCGCAUGGGCUUCAACGACCAGGAGAUUGUCGCCCUCUCGGGUGCGCACAACCUCGGCCGCUGCCACGCCGACCGCUCCGGUUUCGACGGCCCUUGGGUCGUCAACCCCAUCCGCUUCUCCAACCAGUACUUCAAGCUCCUCCUCACCCGCAAGUGGGUUCCUCGCAAGUGGGACGGCCCCUUCCAGUACGAGGCCAUUGUUGCCGGCACUCGCCUGAUGAUGCUCCCCACCGACAUUGCCCUCAUUGAGGACCCCGUGUUCCGCCCCUGGGUCGAGAAGUACGCUGCCGACCAGGCCCUCCUCUUCAAGGACUUUGCCGCUGCCUUUGGCAAGCUCCUCGAGCUCGGUGUCGACCGUGACGGCACUGGCGUCGCCCACCUCGUCAAGGGUGGUGGAUGCCCCUUCGCCGCCGCUGCUGGUGCCGGCGCUGCCCGCCCUGCCAACCACCCUCCUGUGGCCGCCAAGGCCAGGCUGUAAUCCCUAGUAUAGUUGUUAGAACAAUUACAUCUUAGAGUGAUAAACUUCUUUAGAGGGGGCGAUACAUUUCUAGAUGCAUCUGAGUGUAUUUUUG